AUGGCCGGAGCCGCCUCCUCCCUCUUGCACCUCCCUCACUGCAUUUCGCACCGAACCCAACGUCUGCUAUCCUCUCCUCUCAACACCCAAGUCGCCACCACCAGCGCCACUGCUUCCGCCUCCGCCUCAAGGUCGAGGCCCUGCCUUGCUCUCCUCCUCUCCCGUUCGGAUUAUGACGGUGCGCGGCAGGGCGCGCGGGACGACUCCUCGUCGACGCCCGCGGAGAGGCCGUGGGCGCAGAGUGGCGGGGGGUUCAGGAUGCCCACUGCUCCCUGGAUGAGGGGGCCGCUGGUGCUGCCCCCCGGGGAUGUGCUGGACCUCUCAAAACCCAGGAGCAGGAAGAGGAAUGGGAAACCUGGGGAGAAGUCUCUGACGGAGAAAGUCAGGGGCGGGAGGAGCAGGCUGGCGAUGAAGAAGAUUGUUCAGAGCAUUGCUCGUCUUGGAGAGCUCAGUCAUCUAGAACAGGAUGAAUCGAUGGAGGAGUUGAGAGGUGAGGUCUCUGAUGGAGGGAAGUCUCCGAUGGAGGAAGUCCUAGAUAGGAGGAGCAGGCUGGCCACGAAGAAUAUCAUUCAAAGAAUUGCUCGUCUUGGGGAACUUAACCGCAGCGAUAUAGACGAAGAAGAAAAGGAGGACGAAAUAAGAACGAAGGGAGAUCCGGCGAUAGGGAACCAGCCGUUCAGUGGGAAAAUGCCGUGGGUUGGUUCUGAAAAACCCUUGAUUUUUCCAAGGGUGAAGAAACCGAGGACGCUGACCGCCGCAGAGCUAAUCCUCCCAGAGCCACUCCUCGCGAGGUUGAGGAUGGAAGCACGGAAAUUGAACAAGUGGGUGAAGGCGAAAAAGGCCGGUGUAACUGAUGACGUUGUGGAUGAGAUUAGAGCUACCUGGAGGAGAGAAGAGCUUGCCAUGGUUAGGUUUGUGGAGCCCCUAUGCCGCAAUAUGGAUAGAGCAAGGGAGAUCAUAGAGGUCAGGGGCUGUAUUUUUUUCGACUUGUCUCCACUUGGAAACGCCAGGUUAAUUAUUUGGAAUUAUUUGGAAUUAAUCCCAUAGAUUAAUUUUACUUAAAUUGAAUGACUAGUGCGUGGAAGUCUAGAUGAUAUUAGAUUUUCCUUAAACUUACUCAAAUUGCAGUCGGCAAAAUUGGUUGCUCUAUCAUAAAGACAUCAAGUCUUUGGCUGCUUUUUGAUGACAGAAAAAAUAGGAAAGUUAAAACCAAAAAAGUUGCUCAAUCAUAGUCAAGUCUUAGAAGGAAGGAACCAGAUACUCUAUCUUCUUUCUGUUAUUGCUAGCAAAGAAGAUCUCAGAAGGAGGUAUUCUAUCACAUUUUGAAAAUUAAGAUCAUAUAUUAGUUUUGCUUACAUAAUUACUAAUGGAUGACAAAAAUGCAUUACCAUAGAUAUCGUUCUCUAGUUGGCAUCAUUGUUAUUUUUUUUUCUUUUUUUUACCUUUAACGUUCUGGAUAACAGUGAUAAGUAUUACCUCAUUCUGCAUGUUGAAAAUUGCUUCUUGGUGUGAAAAAAGAAUUUUUAGGCCAUAAAUUAGUACCUAUAUGCCUCACUGUAUCAGAAACAGAGUCGACACCAGAUUAUUGAAUCCAAUACUGACAUUGUGCUGUAUAUUAGUGCAUUUUCUGAAACCAUAAAGUUCUUCUCAAUAGUAGAAAAAGAUAGUUGACCAUUUUGAACAUGAAUAUUUUUUAUGUUGACCUUCUGUUUUUGCCAAAUGCUGUUCCCAAGUCAAUGACUGAAUGGGUCAGAUGGCUUUGGUAACAUCAUGCAAUGAAUGGAGGCAGUGAAUAUCGAUUAUUUGCAUCCAUGAAAAGUAUGAGUCCAGAUGGGCUUAUCCCACUGUGUUAAAGUCUUGUUUUAACUGAAGCCUAUCUUUUUCAUGUGGCCGCAUGUUAACUUGUGUUGAAUAUAUCAAGCAGAUUAAGACUGGAGGUUUAGUGAUCUGGAGCAAGAAGGACACCCUUGUUGUUCUCAGAGGAAAUAAUGAUCAGGAUACUUCCAAAUAUAUUCAUGCAUCUCCACAUUCUGAGAGUGAGAAAUCAUUACUGUCAUCACCGAUUUCUGAGUUAUCUUCUCCAAAAACUGGCGUUACUUCCAGCAUGCCAUUUUUAGAAGACACUGAAGAUCAUUCUAGGCCAGAAAGCAGGAUCGACGACCUAAAUGACUGUGCUGAGUCAAUAACUGGAACACUCUUUGAGAGAGAAGUAAACAGGUUGUUGGAUGGAUUGGGUCCUCGAUUUAUCGACUGGUGGUGGUCAACGCCGUUGCCUGUGGAUGCUGACUUGCUUCCAGACGUUGUUCCUGAUUUUAGGCCACCCUUUAGGCUUUGUCCUCCAAAUGUGAGAUCGAAGUUGACAGAUGAUGAGCUUACGCACUUGAGGAAGCUUGCACAUCCUCUUCCUACUCACUUUGCGCUAGGUAAAAUCUGCUUUCUGUGUUUAGUUUUCUCAUAGUGAACAUUAGGUUUCCUCUUGGCAUCCUAUUCCGUUUACGGGAUAAGAAUUAUGUUAUCUUUUUCGGAAGUUCGCGAAUGCUCUUAUCCAGAAGAACCUUCUUGCCUUUCAUUAGUUAUGGGAUAAUUUUUUAAUGUUCUUCAUCUCCGUGGAAGGUAAAAACUCAAAAUUGCAAGGUGUAGCUGCUGCCAUUAUCAAGCUAUGGGAGAAAAGUCCAAUAGCAAAAGUGGCUGUGAAGUGGGGUAUCUUGAACACUGACAACGAAAAAAUGGCAAAUGAACUUAAGGCAAGUUGGAAAUGGUUCAUGUACAAUUUCUAUAGUCCUUUGCUUGCGCACUGACUAUACCAAAUGCCAUGAAAUUAGCAUCUGCAGUUGUAGGAUCUGCAGAUACAUUUUGUGGGCAGUUUCAUUUACAGCUUUGUUCGAGUAAAACCUGAGCAUUCCAACUGAUAGAAAAGGAAGACCCCUAUAACUAUAAUUUUUCUCAAUUCAAUCUCCAAAAAUUCUGGAAUGAUGAAUUUUGAAUUCUAACUGAUAGAUUACGUCAAAAAAAUUCAUUGUCUCGUAGGUCCUUGUCACAUAUUGUAAAUAAACUUGCCAAACAUUCCCCGAAUUUUUUUUUCUCAUUGACAUUAAUGCCCAACGCAAACCAUAUAGGGAUAAACACUCUGGAAGAAUGUCUUCUUCUUCUUGAAUCAUAGAAAAUUUUCUAGUGAUGCACAGUCACCCUGGCCACAAAAAAGGAGACUGCCUAGGUUAAGAAAUUGACCAACUCGGAAAUUAACAAACUAGGAAACUGACAAAUUAGGAAACUGCCCAACUAGGAAACUGACCAACAGAAACUAACUCCUGAUUACACAUUUUUUCCACAAUGCCCUUGUGGAUAGUGACCACCAAGUCAUAAUGAUGAGUCUGUGAUUUAUGUAGGAUUUUAUCCAUUUCUAUUACUUUAAAGUUAACCAAAAAAAUGGCCAACUGUUUUUCUUUCUGAUAAUUUUUGUUUUGUUUUACCAGUAUCUUUCUUUUUCAGAACGUCUUUUUCUUUUAUUAAAGUUUUUGGCUUUCUAAUAUGUGUAACCAAAGUUUGAAGAAACAUUGAUUAAAGCAGAUUCGGGGACAUAACCUUUCCCAAAAAAAUCAUUUUCUGCUCAUAGUUUUUAUUUUCUUUAUUGCAUCUUUUUGAGUGCUGUGUCAAAGGCGUUGAAACCCUCAAAACUCUAAUCCUGAUUAGGAAGGCGAAAAAUAAGACGCUCUUGACUUGAUUAAUGUUUGGGUCUGGUAUUUUAUACCAGGCCCAUAAUACUGGGGUUGAACUGGACCGGUCUUGUCCAAUUCGACACUUAAAUAAUAAAGAAAAGAUUAUAACAAAGGAAACAAUUAAAAAUACAACUUAUUCCGAUACUUCACCUCGAUCUGGUGAAUGGAUAUCAUCAAUUCCCAAUUGCAAGAUGUUGAAGUACUUGUAUUACACAAGCCUUUAGUGUGUUUGCAAUUCGAUCAUUCGUAGACACAUGUGGAAUGCAAAUUAGCUCACUCUCCAGCUUCUUUUUAACGAAGUGCCAAUCGGUCUCAAUGUAUUUUUUUUGGUUGUGUUCUAUUGGAUUAUGGGCUAUGUUUAUUGCCAACUUAUUGUUGCAGUAAACUCUCGUUGAACCAUCCCUCUUGAUCUGUAAGUCUUCUAAUAUAAUCUUCACCCACAAUGAUUCGCAUAUUCCUUGGGCCAUUGGUCGAAAUUCUACUUUUUUGCUUGACCUUGCUACCAUAUGUAGCUUCCUGCACCACCGUGUUAUAAGAUAUUCAUCAAAGAAGGUGAAAUAUCCUGAAGUAGGUCUCGUGUCUACUAUAGGCCCUUCACCGUGUUAAAGUAUCAAUCUUCCAUUCUUCUUAAACAAAAUACCUCUCCUUGGUUUCCAUCUGAGAUAAUGUAACACUUGGUGAGCUGCCUGCAAGUGUGCUUACUUUGGAUUGUACAUAAACUGAUUAAUGACACGCACCACACAUGCUAAACUAGUCAUGUAUGAGAAAUAAAUUAAUCUUCUAACCAAUUGUUGAUAUAUCUCUGUCUACAACAGCAUCCUCCUUUGCUCCACUAAGUUUGAGAUUUAGAUCCAUUAGAGCAUUUGCUAGUUUACAUACAGUUUUGUCUAUUUCCUUCCUGAGAUCCCUAAUAUACUUUUGUUGAGAGAUAAAAAUACCUUUCCUUGAGUGAGCUUCUUCAAUUCUAAGAAAGUAUUUCAACCUUCUCAAUGUUUUGAUCUCAAAUUGUUUGGUCUGACAUUGACAUAGUUGUUUUCUUUCUUUCUUUCUUUUCCAGCCACAAUUAUGCCAUCGACAUAUAUUAAGUGUGUUAUCCUAUUUCAAUCAUAGUUCAUCUAAAUCUACCAAAUUAGGCUCAAGCUGAUUGUUUAAAUUCAUAAAAUGUUUAUUUUAAUUUGCAUACCAUAUUGGCAGUCAAAUUCUUCUCAUAUCCUUGUGAGACUUUCAUAUAGAUUUUUUGGUCUAAUUCUCUAUGCAGAAAUACAUUCUUAACAUCACAUUGUUAUAUAUCCCAGUCAUAACUAGUAUCUAAUGGCAGCAAAUUCUGACAUUGUACAUUUUUGCCUCAGGAAUAAAAGUCUGUAGGUAGUCAGCCCUAUAGAUUUGAAUAUACCCUCUGGCAGUCAGUCAAGCCUUGUAUUUCUCUACGUAUUCAUCUGCUUUAUAUUUCAUUGUUAAGACCAAUUUAUAACUGAUGAUUCUUGUUCCUUUUGGUAGUCUCACUAACCCUGAGGUUUAUUCUUCUCUAAAACUUUUAUCUCUUCAUCCAUAACUUAUUUCUAUUUUUCUUUAGAUAAACCCUCAGAUACACUGGUAGGGAUAGUAACAAUGUUCGAACCAUCAAGGAAAGUUCCAUGAGAUGGUGAAAGACGUUUAAAGGACAGAAAAUGUAAGGGUCUUUUGGUGCACAACAUCAAUAUAAGGGUCAUUAUUUUUGCUAAAGGAAACUCUCUUGAAUGUGCUAAAGAACAUGAGGCUAGAGAGAGUUGUAUCUUUACAACCUCGUCCAGGAUGAGAUGACUUAGCUCAAGUGGUCCUGUUUUACUUGGCUGCACAACUGGGACAUGAGCAUGAGCACUACUCCUGAGCUGUUCUCUCCCGUUUGACCCCACUCCUGAUUUUGGGGUAUGCCAUGAAGCUUUCAGGAUCUCUCCUGAGUGUGGCUUGCCUUUCUGCAGUAGGUACACCUUAGGGUACUCCUGUGUUCAUGUCUUUGACUCUUUGACUCUCCAAUUAGGGUGGGAGUGACUUUGGCUUUCUCCAUAGUUGUAGUUGGAUUACUGUUGCCUCUAGCCACAAACGCUGUGUUUUCCAUCCUUUGAGAACCAAGCAUUAAACCUCUUUUGCUCUCUUCACCACUAACUCGUAUCACUACCUCAUUGAAAGAUGUCAAGGAUUUGAACUCUCACUUCAUAGAGACGUCUCAAGGUAGCAGAGAUUAAAAAACAAGUCGAUCAUACCUUGGGCUCCAAUACCAUGUUGAGCACUGUGUUAUAGGCAUUGAAACCCCUAAAACCCUAAACCCGAACAGGAAGGUGAAAAAUAAGACAGUCUUGACUUAGUUAACAUGUUGGUCUGGUAUUUAUACCAAGCCCAUAGUACAGGGGUUGGACCGGACCAGUCUGGUCCGGUUCAACACUUUAGUAAUAAAUAAAAUAUUCAAUAAAGGGAAAAAUGAAAAAUACAACUUAGUACGACACAUCUUUAUUUGGCUUAUUUUCCUGUGCCCCAUGACUAUAUUAUUGUUAUACGUUUUCAAAUAUUUGACGUUCAAGAUCACAAUGCAGCGUCUAACAGGAGGUGUCCUGUUAUUGCGGAACAAAUUUUUCAUCAUACUGUACAGAGGAAAGGAUUUUAUUCCACCCAAAGUUGCAAGCUCUGUUCUCGAGAGGGAAAAAAUAUUGAGUGACAUACAACUUCAUGAAGAAAGAGCCCGAGUGAAAUUGACGGCACUGUAUAUGCCUGAUGAUGUUAGUGUGGCCAGCACAAGUGAAAUUGGAACUGUCAAAGAAUUUUUAGACAUUGAAACAAAUUAUAGUUCAUUAAGAAAUGGAAAUUCUGAUGUGAGCGUGAAGAUUGAUGCUGAAAGAGAAAACUUAAAGAAGGAUCUCAGAAGGCAGGAGCGUCAGCUUCAAUUGGUAAGGUUCUACUCCUAGCUACAGGAGGAGGCAAGUAAUGCUACUUAUCGGAAAAGAAAAAUAGCACGGUUAGAAUGAGGAUUUUUUUUCUCUGUUUUCAGAUUAAGUUGAAGCUAGAUAAAUCAGAGAAAGAGCUACUGAAGCUAAAUUUUAAAUGGAGACCUUCAGAGCAAGCUCCUGAUCAGGAAUUCCUCACUGAAGAAGAAAGACAAUCCCUUCGAAAGAUUGGUCUUAAAAUGGAUGAAUCCCUGCUUCUAGGUAUGUAGUACAAAACCUGCUUGGUCAUUUGGGAACUUCACAGUUACGUUUUGAUAUUCUUCAAGAGACAGUCAUACACAUUCUUAUUCUAAAAUUAUUUCAUGAUUUUUUUAUAACUUUUGUGCUGAUCACAGAAGAAAAUCUUCUUCAGGACAGUGUAACGGAUUUUCUGAUUUACUGAGGACGAAAGAACUAUCUACAUAACUAUUUAUAACUGACUAAAAAAUAUUUAUUUUUCAAUUGAGUUAUUUCGACCACUUCGGAAAUAAUAUAUGGUACUGACUACCCAGUGGAUGGAGUUUCUUCCUUAAUUUCUGCUUUAAUUUUAAACAAUGACAAGGCGAAUAUUUGGACCCAAUGGAUAUGGUUCCCAUCAUAAAGGAUUUGAAAGAUGCCAUUCAUGGAUAAUCCUUAUAAGCCGGCAUAUAGAAUUACAAGGAUAUCUUCUGGUAUGCAAAUUUUAGUAUCAUGCCCAUAGCUUUGAAGAUGAGCAAGGAGGCAGGACCAUUGCAUUAUAGCAUAGACGGCUUGGUGAGAUCCUUAAACUACUUUAAUUUUAACUAUAUUUACAAAUGAUUUAAAAGGAACAAGUUGACUUUUCUUAUGCUCUAAUGAAGAUGGUAUUUCUUAUGCUCUAAUGAAAAGACAAAAUGUUCCCACAAAAUCCCCACAAUUAUGGAGAUGAUUAACGCAGUGUUAACUCUAAAUGUGAAUCAGAGUUUUUUGCUUUUAAUUAUAUUUUUUAAUCUAUCUCUUGAUUCUGAAGUCCGUAUCUUCAUUCAAGAGUGUUCUGUGCGAUGGUAUAAUAGAACUCUUUAUCCCUAUUCGACUGUUGCUCUUGUUCUUCCUCUACUAAAAGUGGAUGCGAAAGAAAGGGAAUCUAAAAUUAUCCAGAUGCUCUAUUUGGUCGUUGGUUUGUUGGGAUGAGCGCCUCGCUCAUUGGGUAACAUAAGUUAAGCUGUUGCCUUAAAGUAAUGUUUAUAAUAUGCAUCACUGCAUCCCUCAGAUAAUCUCAUCAUUUCAUUCCAACACUUUGUCAUGUUUAUUACUUUUGUCGUCUAUACCUCUCUUUCCGGUAUGCUGCUGUAAGAUCUCAAAAAUGGGAUAUUCAAUAACAUGCAACAAGAGCAUGAAAAGUGGUAAUAUAUGCCUAUAGUUAGGCAUUCAAUAGUUUUAUUGUAUUUAUUCUUGUGUGAGAGUGGAUGCAAGAGAUUCUAAUGUAAUAUCUUGGAGUGCGGACUGUGUCUUGAGCUUGGGUAUCUUUGUCCUAUAGGACCAGGCUAUUCUGCAUAAUUUAUUAUCCUUGGCAUCCCAUCAGAUUCUUAUCUGCAGACUCACAUCUAUAGGGAGACGUGGUGUAUAUGAUGGGACCAUUGGCAGCAUCCACAUGCACUGGAAGCAUAGAGAAGUGGUGAAAGUGAUCACAUUUCAGCGGAAAAUCUCUCACAUCACCUUCACGGCCAGCCUCCUUGAGCUUGAGAGUGGUGGCAUAUUGGUUGCUGUGGAAAAGCUGAGAAGAGGCCAUGCAAUUAUCAUCUACCGUGGGAAGAAUCACCAGGCUCCUGUUAAGCUAUUACCAGAGAACCUUCUCUCGAAAGGCGAGGCAAUGGAGCGGUCUAUCGAGAUACAGAGAAGAGGGGUAUCCCUUUUUUUACCGUCCUAGAUUUCAGCUUUGGCCAGAGCUAGCCCACCCCCAGAUCUUUGACUAACUGACCCAUUUCGUCUCUCACUCUUCAGUCUCUCAAAUUCUUCUACUACCAGAGGCAGCAAUCCAUCUGUGAACUGAAGGUGAAACUGGUGAGCUUGGUACACCCUAUAUUUCAUGCUAUCAAGAGGAAGAUUGUGCAUUCACACAACCUUGAUCUCAUGAAACCUGCAGAGGGCUCUGGACUCUGGACUCUAGAGAGAAGAACGGAGCUCAGCACAAGGUCAAUGGGGGCGGGUUGCUCUGGCUCCAGCUCUGCAGAGACCUACAGUACAGCAUCACUUGAUUGCUGCCCAAAGGCCCGGGCAGGAGUUUCACACUAUCACUCCAAUUGA